CGAGUGCGGGCCGCAGCCAAUGGGCGUGCCGCUACCCCGCUCUUUAGCAGCAGGUCGGGGGCUGUGGAAGAGCGAGUGAGAGCGCGACGGUGGCGGAGCCCUCACUGGACCGUCAGGAGGAAAGGGAGGCCCGAGCCUCUGCGUCUAGUAUAACAGAGUACCUAAGUGCUGAGGUGCUGAGGCAACUUGGAGCAGAGAAGUAAUCUGAGUGGUGUGGAGUUAAUCAGGGAAGGUUUCCUGGAAGAGGAUCAGAAUGGUUUCAAUCCCAGAAUACUAUGAAGGCAAGAAUAUCCUUCUCACUGGAGCUACUGGUUUCCUAGGGAAGGUACUUCUGGAAAAGUUGCUGAGGUCUUGCCCUAAGGUGAAUUCAGUGUAUGUUUUGGUGCGACAGAAAGCUGGACAGACACCAAAGGAGCGAGUAGAAGAAGCUAUUAGUGGCAAGCUUUUUGACAGAUUGAGAGAUGAAAAUCCAGAUUUUAGGGAGAAAAUUAUAGCAAUCAACAGUGAACUUACCCAACCUAAACUGGCUCUUAGUGAGGAAGAUAAAAAGAUCAUCAUAGAUUCUACCAAUAUUAUAUUCCACUGUGCAGCUACAGUAAGGUUUAAUGAAAAUUUAAGAGAUGCUGUGCAGUUAAAUGUGAUUGCUACACGACAGCUUAUUCUGCUUGCACAACAGAUGAAGAAUCUGGAAGUGUUUAUGCAUGUAUCGACAGCAUAUGCCUACUGCAAUCGAAAGCAUAUUGAUGAAGUAGUCUAUCCACCCCCUGUGGAUCCCCAAAAGCUGAUUAAUUCUUUAGAGUGGAUGGAUGAUGGCCUGGUAAAUGAUAUCACACCAAAACUGAUAGGAGACAGACCUAAUACAUACAUAUACACAAAAGCAUUGGCAGAAUAUGUUGUACAACAAGAAGGAGCAAAGCUAAAUGUGGCGAUCGUAAGGCCAUCAAUUGUUGGUGCCAGUUGGAAAGAACCUUUUCCAGGAUGGAUUGAUAACUUUAAUGGACCAAGUGGUCUCUUUAUUGCGGCAGGGAAAGGAAUUCUUCGAACAAUGCGUGCCUCCAACAAUGCCCUUGCAGAUCUUGUUCCUGUAGAUGUAGUUGUCAACACGAGUCUUGCAGCAGCCUGGUAUUCCGGAGUUAAUAGACCAAGAAACAUCAUGGUGUAUAACUGUACAACAGGCAGCACUAAUCCUUUCCACUGGGGUGAAGUUGAAUACCAUGUAAUUUCCACUUUCAAGAGGAAUCCUCUCGAACAGGCCUUCAGACGGCCCAAUGUAAAUCUAACCUCCAAUCACCUUUUAUAUCAUUACUGGAUUGCUGUAAGCCAUAAGGCCCCAGCAUUCCUAUAUGAUAUCUACCUCAGGAUGACUGGAAGAAGCCCAAGGAUGAUGAAAACAAUAACUCGUCUUCACAAAGCUAUGGUGUUGCUUGAAUAUUUCACAAGUAAUUCUUGGGUUUGGAGUACUGACAAUGUCAAUAUGUUAAUGAACCAACUGAACCCUGAAGAUAAAAAAACCUUUAAUAUUGAUGUACGGCAGUUACAUUGGGCAGAAUACAUAGAGAACUACUGUAUGGGAACUAAGAAGUAUGUAUUGAAUGAAGAAAUGUCUGGCCUUCCUGCAGCUAGAAAACAUCUGAACAAGUUGAGGAACAUACGUUACGGUUUCAAUACUAUCCUUGUGAUCCUGAUUUGGCGCAUUUUUAUUGCAAGAUCACAAAUGGCAAGAAACAUCUGGUACUUUGUGGUUAGUCUGUGUUACAAGUUUCUGUCUUACUUCCGAGCAUCCAGCACUAUGAGAUACUGAAGACAAGAAUUUAGCAUUAGAACAUCUAUGCAUAUAGUGGUCUAAAUGCACAAAAUGUAAAAUGUACUUAAGUCAUCUCACCUUUUGUAAAGACAUUAAACCAUCUUAGAUCAGAGUGUGGAGUAAAUUACGGUCCAUUUUAUGUAACGUUUCAAUGUUUAUGCUCAUAAAAGCCUAGUGAAUAUGCUGUGGUAUGCCAGCUCAGAUCUACAGUAGCCGCCAAAACCAUGGCUUAACAUUUAGAUCCCUAAAGAAAAGGGGUGGGGUGAGGGUAGGAGUAGGGAAUAGAAACACUGACCAGUAUAACUGUGCAACUCUGGAACAUAUUAAUUAAUUAAAAUAUGCCUUAACAUAUAGUGAUUUUCUAAUUGUGAUAUUUAGUGCAGUGAAAUGCAUUUAUUUGGACAGGAAUACCAGCUAACUUGAUAGAUAAUUGAUUCUUCAGUGUUUGAUUUUUUUAAUCAGUUGAAGUGGGUUUUAUUUUCAUUAAUAUUACAGCCAAUGUUUUCACAUCAUCCUCUAAGUUACUGAGUGUCUCAAACAGGAAAGACAUGUUUUCAUUUUUAUUUCUCUGAUUAGAGGUCUGAUGCAUAUCGUUUUUCUAUAAGCAAUCAGUUACUUUCAUAAUCAAAAGGCCAUGUAUUGUUAGAGGCCCUACUGGAUCUAAAUGAUUUUGAGACUCCAUAUCAACAUAUACUAUGUGUUUUUAGAAGGAAAAUGAAAAUUCAAGUGAGACUGUUAGUAUCAGAAAGAAUAGGAAUACAUUCUUCUUGACCACAUUGUGACCAAAUAAAAAUCAGUCCUGUGACAUUUUGUUCAUGUUUUGAAGCUGGUUGAUUACUUGAGACUUUGAUCAACAGGUGCAGGUGCAGGGAGGAAUUCACCCUACUUGCUCUCUCCUCCCUUUAUAAAUUUUAUUAAUAGGACUUUAAAAGGCUUAUACUGUCUUUCUAAUGAAAACGGAAAGUGUUAUUAUGGAAGAAUGUAUUUGCAGGUAGUCCUAACAUUAAGAAAAUGUUCUCAUAUGUGUGUAAACACAUACUAACUUUUGACCUUGAGAGCUGAAUUUUCAAGAAAAAUAAAAUAAUGCAUAGAAUAAUGUGUAUAAAAUUAAAUAAAGAACUUUAUUUACAUACCACAUAAAGUAGCAAACUGUUGAAUGAAUUUGAAGAUACCAUUUAUUUUUUUCUGCAUGUGGUUUUAGCUUUUAGAAAGAAGUGCAUUAUAGAAACAAGUAAUAGCAAGAAAAUUAAUGUAUAUUUUAAUGAUACAUUAUAAUUCCUGUUAAAUCUAAGAGUACCUAACUCUCCUUACUGUUUUAACAUGCAUUUGGUUUAACAGAUCAGUAUAACAUGUUCUGAUUUAGCUGAUCAAAUUGUAUAUGUUUAAACAGUUAACAGUGUAUCUUGAAUAUGUUUAAUGAAGUCAGUUCACAAUACAAAAAGUUACCUAGAACUUUACAUCUUAAAUUUCUUUGUCAAUUUAAAUGCAAUGUAAAGGUUUAUUUUGUUAUUGUGAAGAAAAUUAAAUGUAAAGAAAAUCACCUUCUUCCAUGCAGGUGUAUAAUCUUGAAAAGGAAAAUGCUUCUGUGUUGAAGCCAGAUUUUCUGUAGUAAAACUUUUAAAACAUUAUUUUAAAAGAAGUAUGUAUGUAAAUAUAUAUGUGUGUGUGUUAUAUAUAUUCUUUGGAAUGAUACUAAAGUCUCUGGUCUAGGACCAUGCCUUGUAUAAGGUGUGAGAGACCAUGGCAGUGUCUAAAAAUGGAAUAAAUGAUGAUGCCUUUGAUUUAAAAUGGCCCACAUAAUUAACUCUAGACACUAUACUUUGAGUACUCCAUCUCUCCAAAUACAUUUCCCUAAUGUGCUGAAAGCUAGUUAACAUUUUUAUGAUUUUUAUACAUCUGCCAGACAUACUUCAUCAGGCCUGUGAAGUACAUGGGAGGUCUACUUUGUCAUUGUUCUUGUAAUCUAUCUUAAAUGCUAACUGGGAGGGUGCUGAGACCACUGCAUUAAUUUUGUGUGUUAAGAAUUCUUUUGCAAAGAAAGCUAAUGAAUGAAUUAAUAUGUCAUUCUGGAACAUAAAGUUCAAAAAUUAGUAUAAAAAAUAUUUGGGUUGUUAAUCCUCACCAACUAGUCUUUAAGCCUAAUUCAAAUGUAAAGAUUUUGGAAAUCAUUUCUAUUUAUGUCAUUUGCCCGACAUGAUUUUUAGUUCUUUUUGAUUAUAUUUUAUGCACAAACUCAAAUUUUAACAGGAUAGCCUAUUAAAGUAAUAUUUCACUUAACUCAUAAAUGAGUUUUUUCCCCUAUUUGCUCUUGAUUCUUAUAAUUCUGGCAUAUGCAUUUGUCAAUUGUGAAGUCCAUUGUAACUGUAUUUAAACUUGACUUGGCAACAUAAUAUGUUCUAAAUCUCAACACAGAGAAGCGUGGCAAUACAUUCUUAAGGGUAGUAUAAAAGAAGCACUUUUUGAAUCUGUGUGAUAAAGUUUGGAAUCAGGGAGGGAAGUCUUAUUUCUCCUCCCUUUUUGUGCUUGUCUGUAGGAACUGGUUCAGGAUUUUUUGCUUUUUUGUUUUAAAUGUAAAUCGAUAGUCUUUUAUAAGUAGCAAAUGGAAACAUAUUGGGUGCCUUUGUUUGUAAACCAAAAAGUAAUAAAUGAAUCCCUAUAUUUCCAUUAUAGUAUUUAUUGUAUUUUUACAAUAAUUAUCCUGAAAAUUACCCAUGAGGUAAUGUGGUUAGGAUUGCAGGAAACAGUUCUCACUUACUCUUCUUACCUUUUUUAGGUAUACUCAUUACUUUUUGUAUCCUAAUUUUAUUUAAUUCUAAGUCUCUUACACGGCAUUUUAGGGGAAGCCUGUAGGCAGGAUGAGUACUUUUUGUUGAGGAAUUAUUUUUAUGUAUUAGCUGGAAUGAAGUAGUUCUUCUAAAAAAACAUUAUCAGGAGACUGCCAUGGUAUCAUUAAGCUCCAGCUACUCUCCUCCACAUCCAAUGAUAUUAAUUUAUAAAUAUAUUUGCUGUAAUUUAUCUGUUGAAUACGUAUAAGGAAUCAUUAAUAGAGAGAAACUGUAAAAAAAGGAGAGAGCCUAUAUCAGGCUGGGGUACAGGUGAAUAUAAAUGGCCUUCCAAGCAAGCUCUAAUUUAGGACUGACUCCAACCCCUGACCUGAAACUAUUAGCACUGACUUGGUCUCUUUGAGAAAAACUCUCUAAUCUUUUGCAUAAGGAACUAGAGAAAAGAAUGUAUACUGCAUAACUUGAUAUAGAAAUGAGUUAAUUAAAUUUACAGUCUCUGAUAAAAGAAAUAUGAAAUAUUUUCUAAUUGAAUUAAUAUUUUUAUCUUGAGGCAUUUUCUAGUCAUAGAAUGAAUGUCUUUUUUUAAAUGGUGGUACUCUUAGCAUACAUCAUCUCUGCUACCCUUGAGAUUCCUAAACAAAUCAUCUUUGUCAUUUGAGCAUAGUUGUGCAUAUUUGUUAAUUCCUUUGAUUUUUCUUUAUUAAAGAAAAAUUUGAGUAACAUUAA